ACCGCCGCUGCGCCAUGUGCGAGUGCGGCAUACGAGCGCUAGAGUGCAGUAAAGAGCAGACAUGAUUGUUUACUUCCUGCUGACCGCAGCAGAGAUUUAACUAGUCAGCUGACAGGUGUGCGACGUGCUAGUACGUUAGCUUAGCUUACAUUAGCACUUUAGCGUCCGUUUUUGCUCUGUAUGUUUUAUAAAGAUGUUAUUAUGAGGCCGACAGCGUGACUUUUAUGCAACCGUCGUUAGUUUUAGCCUAGCUUAAGAGCGAGCCCAAUGGAGGCUAUACGAAUGUUAGCUAAGCUAGCAGGUCAGGGAAGUUGUUAAGUUAGUCCUCCAUGUUGGCUCAAUGGCAAGAAGCGAGCCGGGCAAUGGAGUUGAUAUUCGGGGCAGCACAGACAAGCUGACAGGUGGUGGUGGUGGAGGUGGACACAGUGAUGUUGUGCCGCUGGAGGCGAAUGGCACAUCCGGGGAGAAAGAGGUGGACAAGUACGGCUUCACAGGAGGAGCCCAGCAGUACCCAGGACUCUCUGCUGAAGAAAUCCCCACUGACGUGCUAAGGCAGCGGGAGGCCAAAUGGCUGGACAUGCUCAACAACUGGGACAAGUGGAUGGCCAAGAAACACAAGAAGGUGAAAGAGCGCUGUCAAAAGGGCAUCCCUCCCUCGCUGCGUGGUCGGGCCUGGCUCUACCUGACAGGAGGCAAAGUGAAAGAGGAGCAAAACCGGGGCAAGUUCCGGGAUCUGGACAGCCAACCAGGGGACCCCAAAUGGGUGGACAUCAUCGAGAGAGACCUCCAUCGACAGUUUCCCUUCCAUGAAAUGUUCUCAGCUAGAGGAGGACACGGGCAGCAGGACUUGUUCCGUGUGCUUAAGGCGUACACGCUGCACCGUCCCGAGGAGGGCUACUGUCAGGCUCAGGCCCCUGUCGCCGCUGUGCUCCUCAUGCACAUGCCUGCAGAGGAUGCUUUCUGGGUUCUUGUACAAAUUUGUGAGAAAUACCUUCCAGGGUACUACAGCACGGGGCUGGAAGCCAUCCAGCUGGACGGAGAGAUCCUGUACGCUCUGCUGCGGCGUGCGUCUCCCGUGGCCCACCGUCACCUCAAGCAGCACAAGCUGGAGCCCAUCUUGUACAUGACGGAGUGGUUCAUGUGCGCCUUCUCGCGCACGCUGCCGUGGGUGUCGGUGCUCCGCGUCUGGGACAUGUUUCUCUGUGAAGGAGUGAAGAUCCUCUUCCGAGUGGGCCUGGUUCUCCUCAAACGCAUGCUGGGAUCCCAAGAGAAGGCGAAGGCCUGCCGAGGCCUCUAUGAAACAAUGGAGCGUCUUAGGGCCAUACCUCCGCAGUACAUGCAAGAGAGCUUUCUGGUGCAAGAGAUCCUAGACUUGUCCGUGUCAGAGAAAGACAUCGAGAAAGAACACUUGGCACAGCUGCGACACUGGAAGGACUCCCACGGCGACCUCCGCUACACGUCGCCUCCCAGGAUGCACGGCGCCAAGGCCGUCAUGGCCGCCGAGCCGCCAAGCAGACAGGAUCUGAGGCAGAGGCCCACCAUCGUCGAGGAGCCCCCCCCGGAGGACGAAAGGGACAACGCUAGGAAGGGCAAGAAGGAGAAGCGGAAGGGGACUAUUCUGCCGACACAGGAGACAGAAGGUCCUCCCUCGCGUCUCGCUGAGCCCUCGCCGCUCCCCUCACCAGCACAAGUGUCCAGGGAGAGCAUAGGCAGCGCGGUGCACGACACCCAUCUGUAGCCAGGUGAGCACGCUCAUCUUACGAGCGCCAAAGAUCAUGAUUAUCAGUCCGUUACCGCCAUGGACAGUGGCACAUCUGCUGGUUUAUAAAUGUGUAAUUCCCUUUGAACAACAGCAGGUGGCGACAUUGACGGGCAGUGCAGUCACGGGUUUUUCCACUACUGACCUGCAACUGCUACUAUUGAUGGACUGUGAUCAUGUCUCGGCAGACAAACAUGGAGUUACGCAAUCACCGGCUACAUCAUUAGGUAGAUAUUUCAAUAAGAUACUGCCUUAAUGAAGACAGCGAUGAUCAGAUUUGAUUGACUCUGUCAGAGAGGCGUCAUACUGACAAAUAUGCCUGCCAUUGUUGCCUCAUUUUGGUUUCUAAAUAAGGCAAAUGUAAGGACUUUGGAGUCAGAUUCAAUCUCAACUUGUUUGUAAUCUAAAGAAGUAAAACAGUGUACUUGCACACUACAUACAAAAGUACAUUCUAUCCUAUCUGAAGGCAAAACAUAAUAUGGAUUAGAGCAUACCAAAUACAGAUGUUGAACUAUGCUCUUUUGACACUGCUCCUAAUGUUGUGGCCGGCGACGCUCCCAUGCACUACCUUCCAUCACCAGCAGACAUUAAUACAUGAAGGUAUUUGUGCUCGGCAGCAUUUUUGCGCUACCGUUAGCCAAAGAUUUUAAAGACGCUUAGCCAUGUGUGGGAAUGAAGCAAAAAAUGCAAUGAAGUCUAAGGAUGUUACUGGAAAACCACAUUGUUGUCACGCAAGCACAAUCCUGUUUAACUUAAUGUGUUGCUGGGAAUUUCUACUGUUUAGAAAACAAACGCAGUCCAACGAAUGUACACGUACUCCGAUUAUAUUUACAUUGCACUUUUGGGGGGGGGGAAUCGAUAUAUACCGUAUUUUUCGGACAAUAAGUCGCUCCGGAGUAUAAGUCGCACCGGCCGAAAAUGCAUAAUAAAGAAGGAAAAAAACAUAUAAGUCGCACUGGAGUAUAAGUCGCAUUUUUUGGGGAAAUGUAUUUGAUAAAAGCCAACACCAAGAAUAGACAUUUGAAAGGCAAUUUAAAAUAAAGAAUAGUGAACAACAGGCUGAAUAAGUGUACGUUAUAUGAGGCAUAAAUAACCAACUGAGAACGUGCCUGGUAUCUUAACGUAACAUAUUAUGGUAAGAGUCAUUCAAAUAACUAUAACAUAUAAAACAUGCUAUACGUUUACCAAACCAUCUGUCACUCCUAAUCGCUAAAUCCCAUGAAAUCUUAUACGUCUAGUCUCUUACGUGAAUGAGCUAUAUAAUAUUAUUUGAUAUUUUGCGGUAAUGUGUUAAUAAUUUCACACAUAAGUCGCUCCUGAGUAUGUCGCACUAUGAAAAAAACUGCCACUUAUAGUCCGAAAAAUACGGUACUUACAAUCAUGGGAUCAACCAUGAACAUGAUUUAUCGAUAAGCUUUCUGUACAAACUUUAUGAAGGGAAUAACAGUGGAGGGUAUUGGACUGUGUCUCAAUCAACACUAUUUCAGGAUGUAGUGCUUUGUGUCAUGUGUAGAUGGCGCCACUGAGCUGCUCCUGAUGCUAACGGUAAUAAUGCUCAUCACUAAUUGGUGCAAUCCAAUAACAGGAUGCUGGGAUGCUAAAGUAUUUUUCUAUCACACUGCUUGGUUUGUAAAUGAGUUCAACAAAAAGGCAACUGUUUUAUAUUUACAUUUAAUAAAUGAAAAUAGC